CUACACGGUUUUUACGGUAACUAAAACACAGAACUAUACAAUAUCAACAGCUCUUUCUCAUUUUCUUACACAUUUCUCAGUUUCUUCUCUUCUUCCAUUCAAGAGAAUCGAACAAUGGCUAUCUUUUCCGUCGCAAUACCUCUUCUCCUCAUCUUUCCAUCCGUUUCCUCUCUAUAUGUCAACGGAAAUCGUUAUUAGACAUCGAGUGCUCCUGCGUGGUACUAAUUUUUUAUUGAAUUCAAAAUCUUUUAUAAUAUCUUUCAAAAAAUUAUUUUGAAUCCAAAAAUUCUUUUUGAACCUAUUUUUAAGAGAUUAUUUUUAAAUUUAAAUUAUUUAUCUAUUUAUUUUUUAUAAAUCCUAAACUCCACCCCUCAAAUCUGAAUUCUAAUUCUAUAUUAGAUAACCCUAUGAAUAUAAAAGAUUUUGAAUGCAAUAAAAAUUUAAAAUAAUUUUUUUCAUAUUUUUUAUCAUUUAUUUAAAUAAUCAUUUAUACUUAUACAUCAAUAAAAUAAAGGUAUAAAGGUCUUUUAACUCUUUAUUGAAUUUUGUUUUGAUCACUUUCAUCCUUGUGCAUUUUUUAGUUAAAAAAUCUAUUUAUGAUCUUUUGAGAUAAUUGUCCAUAAUAUAAUUAGUCAAUACACCAAAAUUUAGAAAGAAAUAUAAGUACAUACACGCAUUAUUUUAUAUUAAUAACUUUUCUGAACAAUGGAAAUAAUAUUUGACUGUCUCCCAUAAAUGUCUAAGAGAAGGAACUCAUGAAUAUUAAGAGUCAACAUAUCAAACGAAGAAGAAAAUAUAUAUUUUUUUUUUGUAAAAAAAGAAAGAAGAAAAUAUGGAACAAAAAUAAAUAAAAGUAGCACUAAACAGAUACCCAAAGCAUUCUAUCUGAGAUCAUAAAUCGGUUUAGAAGAACAAGCAUGGUCUUCAAGCUCAAGAUUUCAAACACAAUGGUCAACACAAUGACUAUAGUCUUCUCCCUCUUUGUGUUUCUUACAAGCCAAAUCGCACAAGCCAAGAUUCAUCGUCACACUUUCACGAUAAAGUCAAAAACGUUCACCCGACUCUGUGACACCAAAAAUAUAUUGACAGUGAACGGAGAAUUCCCCGGACCGAUGUUAAAAGCCCACCGUGGAGAUAAACUCAUCGUCAAUGUCAUCAACAACGCAAACUACAAUAUGACCCUCCACUGGCAUGGAGCGAGACAAGUAAGGAAUCCGUGGUCGGACGGACCUGAAUACGUGACUCAAUGUCCGAUUAGACCAGGCGAGCGUUAUGUUUAUAGAAUUGAUCUUACGGUUGAAGAAGGAACGAUUUGGUGGCACGCACAUAGUCAAUGGGCACGUGCCACAGUCCAUGGAGCGUUUAUUGUCUAUCCCAAGCGCGGCUCAUCUUAUCCUUUUCCCAAACCUCACCGCGACAUUCCUCUCAUUUUAGGUGAAUGGUGGAAGAAGAAAAACAUAAUGGAUAUUGCAGGAAACGCUAAUAAAACCGGAGGUGAACCGGCUAUCUCAGAUGCAUAUACCAUAAACGGACAACCCGGUUAUCUCUACCCCUGCUCUAAACCGGACACAUUUAAAAUGAAGGUGGUGCGCCAUCGACGAUACCUUCUCCGGAUUAUCAAUGCAGUGAUGGACGAAGAGCUCUUCUUUGCAAUAGCAAACCACACCUUAACCGUUGUGGCUAAAGACGGUCUUUACUUAAAGCAUUUCAAUACAAGUUACCUAAUGAUCACUCCUGGCCAAUCCAUGGACGUCCUCCUCCACGCGAAUCAGCGUUCAGGCCGUUACUUUAUGGCGGCUCGAGCUUACUCCUCCGCCUUUGGUGCCGGUUUUGACAAAACCACCACCACUGCCAUCUUAAAAUACAAAGGUCAUUCCGUAACCGAUGAAUUAAACCGGAAAACUCCGGUUUUGGUUUUACCCUAUUUGCCUCCUUAUAAUCAUACCGAGGCAACCACCCGGUUCACUAACCAAUUUAGAAGCUAUCGAACCAGAACCAGUAACCGUCCGGUUAACGUCCCGGUUAAAAUCGACACUCGUCUUCUCUACGCGAUCUCCGUGAACUUGAUGAACUGCUCCGACGAUAAACCAUGUAACGGCCCCUUCGGCAAGCGAUUCUCGUCGAGCGUUAACAACGUCAGCUUCGUGAACCCGACGGUCGACAUUCUCCGAGCUUAUUACCGCCGCAUCGGAGGCGUUUUCCAGGCGGAUUUCCCGAGAAAACCGCCGACGGAGUUCAAUUACACCGGAGAGAAUCUUCCGUUUCCGACGAGGUUUGGAACGAAAGUGGUGGUUCUUGAUUUCAAUUCGAGCGUCGAGCUGGUGUUGCAGGGGACGAACGUGUUGGCUUCGGAUAAUCACCCGAUCCAUCUCCAUGGUUAUAGCUUCUUUGUGGUGGGAUCGGGUUUUGGGAAUUUCGAUCGCCGGAAAGAUCCGUUGAAGUAUAACCUAGUUGAUCCACCGGAGGAGACCACCGUUGGAGUUCCUAGUAAUGGCUGGACCGCCGUCAGAUUCGUAGCUAAUAAUCCAGGGGUAUGGUUGUUGCAUUGCCAUAUAGAGAGACAUGCCACAUGGGGAAUGAACGCAGUAUUCAUAGUGAAAGAUGGACCGACCAAAUCAUCUCGAAUGCUCAAACCUCCUCCUGAUCUGCCUUCUUGUUAGCUAAUAAUAUCAUUAUAUGAAUUAUAAAGUUCUGAAGAAGAAAGAUUAGAGUUCGCUACUGUGGCAAAAUUAAUAAUAUGAACAAAACUAUUCCUUAUUCACCAUACAAGUCUUUCAAUUACAAUACUAUUAUUUAUCGAUUUCGUCAAUCUAUUCAAUCAUUUUAUUCA